AUGGAAUCAUAGUUAAAGUUCAUUUGUAUCAGAUAACACAUGUUUCUGGAUCAGAAGUAUGUACUCUUACUAUUACCAAACAAGAUAACAUUGAGUCAAGUAUAAUUGUUAUAUACAUCAAGUUCGGUAAAGAACCUAAGUACAUAAUUUAACUGGAAUUGGGCAAUAUUAUUUCAUGGCAGCUCAAUUAAUAAAAUUUCUUAAUUAGUUUUGGAUUACCUUGGAAUGGAGUUGAAAAGCUAUUCCAUUCUACACAUGAAGACUUAAUGAAACUCAGAUAAGCAAUUAAGAAUCGUAUUAUGUUUAAAACUGUACAUCAAUUAUACAAACCUCUCUCUUAAUUAGGAGGCAGUAAUUAAGAUGAGGUAAAAUAUUAAGCCUAUUUUAGUUGUAUUUAUGUUCUGAUCUAAUCAAUAAGAAAUAGUUUGAAAUUAAAUGUCACUCUAAGAAUCAGUUCGAGGAUUCAAUGGUGAAAUAUUUACAUUUAAAUUUAGUCCCGUAUUUAUAAUGAAAUAUAGUGUCUAAAUAAAAUAAAAUCUGAAUAUGUGUAAAGUUUACAUGAAGUUUUUAUAGGAGAAAAUACUGUCUAUUUAAUAUAAGAACAUUUAGAAGGUGUAAAUUUAUACGAAUUACUUCAAAGAGUAACUUUCGAUAAAACAUAAAUAUUAAUAAUAAUGAAAGUAAACGUCAUCAAUAUUCAUAGCAACUUUUAAAUGCAGUUAGAGAUAUUCAUUCACAAAACAUUAUGCAUAGAGACAUUAAACCAACUAAUAUAGUUUUUUAAAACAAAGAUUCAUUAGAGGGAUUAAAAUUAAUUGAUUUUCAUCUUGCUGUUCCAAUAACUCCUAAAAUAAAUUAUAAAAUUUGUGGAACACCUGGAUAUGCAGCACCUGAAAAAUUUAAAGAUUAUUAUGAUGAAAAAGUUGAUAUAUUUAGCAUUGGUUGUAUCUUUUUUAAAUUGUAUUAUCACCAUUUUAUAUAAUAGAGUUACAACAAGAGAUCUAUUUUCAGGAAAGACUCUAAAUGAUAUUUUAAAAAUAAACAAAAUUUGUAAAAUAGAUUUUUAGAUUCUUUAAAUAUAUAAAUUAAGUUAAAAUGAACUUAGUUUAUUAAAGAAUUUACUUGAAAUUGAUCCAUAGAAGAGAAUAAGUGCAUAAGAUGCAUUAUCUCAUCCUUAUUUUAAUAAAGAUGAUAAUUUAGAAGAUUAGCGAUUAAUUAAACAACAAUCUUUAUCUGCUUCAAGUUUUUUAGAAAGAAGUAAUGGUUUAUUUUAAGCAUCUAUUAACGAAAUUUAGAAAAAUUUUGAAGAAUUUUUUGUAGAUGAAGAAUUACCACAAAUUUGUGCUGUACCAAAUUUCAAAGUGUUAAUGAAGGAUUCUAUAAUAUCUAAUUUAUAGAUUAGAAAAAAAUCAAAAUUAAAAAAAAGUGAGACUUUAGAAUAUCCUUAAUUAAAUCUUGCUAAUAAUUUUUAAACUAGAAAAUCAGUUCAAUAAACUAUUGUUUGA